AUGUACGAUUUUUAUCAACAACAACAACAACAACAUUCAUUGUUAAUUGAUAAUAAAGAUGAUAUCGAUUCCUCACAAGAAUUGUUCACUCCAAAAAAAAAUUCGUACAAGAAGAUGCUAAUUAAUCGUGUUCCAAGUGUUAGAUCAUUGUGGCAUAAAAUGACGGAAUCGAAACAUAAUGGUUUGCUAAUUAAUUCAACAGUUAUGAGCAACGAACAAACUGAUAAUUCUCAGGUUCAGAAAGGUUAUGAAUGUCCCGUGAGACAUCGUGAAUCCGGAUAUUCUGAAAAAUCACCUGAUUUGUAUUGUGUUAGAGGUACAUUGACAUUUUCGCUUCGUUAUGAUUUCAUUCAUCGUGUGUUGAUGGUUCACAUUAUUCGAGCUGAUGGUAUUCCUGCUGAAAAUUCGGAACCAUAUGUGAAACUGUGUCUGUUACCGGAAAGGCGGAAUCAAUAUAAAACUCGUAUUUUCAAGAAUCCUUCCAAUCCAGAAUGCAAUGAAAUGUUUUCGUUUGAUGUCAGUCAUGCUAAUUUAUCUAGUAGAAUGUUACAAUUUACUGUGUAUAAUUUCGUUCGUUUUACACGACAUGGUCUGGUCGGUAAUGUUAUUUUGCGUGAUUUAUUCGAAAAAUCACAAUUGAGCACGUGGACUGAACAUACUAUGCAAAUUAUCGGCACACCGGGUAAGGAUGAUUUCGGUGAUUUAUUGGUUUAUUUAUUGUAUUCCAUAGCCGAUCGAAAACUUUACGUUACAGUUUCGAAGGCAUACAAUUUAAGACCGAUGGAUAUUACGGAUCCUUAUGUUAAAAUCGAACAAAUUUAUCAACGACGUCGCGUAAAAGCACGUAAAACAUCGAUCAAACGAGCCAAUCUAAAUCCCGUGUAUCACGAGUGCCUGGAAUUUGAUCUUCCUUUGAAUGAAAUUGAAGGAACUAGUUUAUUAGUUCGUGUAAUGGAUUGGGAUAGGAUCGGUCAUGAUGACCUACUUGGUUGUUGUAUCAUUGGUAAUAAUAGUCCAAUGCCAGAAGGUAGGAAACAAUGGAUGGAUUGUUUCAAAGAUUUAACUAUCAAUCCGAUUUGCGAUGAUUUGGAUCGUCAACCGAUUGGUACAUGGUAUAGUAUUCUCGAUGAAGUACCCGAAGAAUUUCGAAAAGUUCCGAAAGCGAAGAAAUAA